AUGAAUCUGACCACUGACGAUGCGGCAAACUUAUGGGGAAAUGGUUCCUUAUUGGAACAAUAUGACGGGACAGUGGGGACACCGUGGUUGUCAGAGUCGCCUGGUGAAGUGGACCUUACCCAUGCCAUCCCGCUCGGCUUCGUCCUGGGGGCUUUCAUCGUGUUCGCCAUUGUGGGCAACAUCCUCGUCAUCCUGGCUGUGGUGACCAAUAGGCACCUGCGGACCCCGACCAACUACUUCAUUAUAAACCUGGCCAUCGCUGACCUGCUGCUGGGAACCACAGUGCUGCCGGUGUCUGCCACCCUGGAGAUCCUUAACUACUGGGUGUUCGGCCGGAUCUUCUGUGACAUCUGGGCGGCUGUGGAUGUUCUGUGCUGCACAGCGUCCAUCAUGAGCCUGUGCGUAAUUUCUAUCGACCGUUACAUCGGGGUGAGCCACCCGCUGCAGUACCCGAGCAUAGUGACCGAGAAGCGGGCACUGCUGGCCAUGCUUGGGGUUUGGGUGCUCUCGGUGGUCAUCUCUAUUGGACCCCUCCUCGGGUGGAAGCAGCCUCCGUCGCCGGACAACACGGUGUGUCUCAUCACCGAGGAACCGUUUUACGCACUGUUUUCCUCCCUCGGUUCCUUCUAUAUACCGCUGGUGGUUAUCUUGUCCAUGUAUUUUAGGGUUUAUGUAGUCGCCAAACGGACCACCAAGAACUUGGAGGCCGGGGUGAUGAGGGAGAGGAUGAACACGAGUGAGCUCACGCUCAGGAUCCACAAGGGAUCUCAGGUACAGGAUGACAGCAGCAGCACUGGGAAGGGCCGUGCAAACCAGGCAAGGAGCUCCCUGACAGUGAAACUUCUGAAAUUCUCCCGGGAGAAGAAAGCAGCUAAAACGUUGGGAGUCGUGGUUGGCAUGUUUACGCUUUGUUGGCUGCCGUUCUUCCUAGCGUUACCCAUUGGUAGGUAUAUAUAUAUAUAUAUAUAUAUUUUGUAAACAUAUUUUAUUGAUCCCUUUCCAAACGAAUAUCCAAGACACAGCAGGCCAGCAGUUUUAAUGAAAAAACGAUAGUAAGCCUAUUAAUUUGAUAAUAUAAUCAACAAUUAAAACAACCCUCAAUAUGUGAUAAGACACAUGAUAAAAUAUAAUGGUAAAUUAAUAUACAUUUUGGUGCCAUAUUCAAUUUCACAAGCCAUAAUAGGCACAAACCAUAAUCUACCCACACCCAAAACGGAAUAGUGAAGGUGCUGGAGGCAAAAUAUAAAACUGGAGAAAGUCUCAGCACACUUCCAGUCAGAUGGAAAUGUAUUUUAUUUACCAACUGCUGAAACAUGUCUGAGAAGCUUUUUCAUUCAUAUCUGGAAGUGAAUCUAAGUGGUCCCAUAAAUUCCAUCUCCAGACAGUUGGCACUGAUACAGACAGUGACAUAUAUGAUAUAAUAUUCACCCAUUCAGUGCCCACCGCCACGGCUGUAGAGAAAACAUCUCAAAGGAAAUGAAACAAAAUAUGUUGUGGAGAGGGGACUCGUGCUGCGGGCACGUUGUGGUGAGGGACAGAGCAGUGCAGACCGAUGAGGGAGGCUAAGAAAACAUUAAAUUGGAUGAUAUUUAUAUAGGGUGACCCAAAUAUGAAAAAUUACUGUAGCUGGUACUGUACAUUGAUAAAGUUUGAUCAGAAAGUUGCUGGUCCCCUCCCCCAGUGUCAAAGACUUGGAUUUAGGAGGCAGGCAUUAUCAAGGAUUUCCUUCCGGCUUUAUGCAACAUCACAUAAAGCCGGAAAUGCAAUACGCCAAUGGUAGCAUCUUACCUGAACUAAUUUAAAUAUGUACUACCUUCAAACCGUCAUCACGUGCCCCUACACCCUGCUUUGGCUUUGUUUACAAACCUAUAAGCUAGCUCAAGCAGAAGGUACGACCAAAGAUACUGGUAACCUUUCAUCUGUGGUAUGACUGUUAGUUAGCAAGCUACAUACCAGCAUGCUGGCAAAAGCACACUGUGUCGUGACUGGAUGCCAUAGUGUAAAAUUAACCUUACGCUAUUUUCCAAAGAAUGA